UUCAAAAUUCUCCUUUUUUUUUCUGGAAAAGUAAUUCUUUUCCUUUAUAGAAAGUGUUGUGGAAUUAUUUACGAGGCGGUUAACUCAUUAUCUAAAUUAGGGUUUUGAAAAGUCGAAUUAGCUUUGAUUUUAGGUGGCAGAUCUUGAUUUAUCCCAAUUAAGGUUCUUUUUCUUUUAUUUUGAUUUUUCAACCCUGUUCUUCAUCUUCAGUUUUCUCUGGUACUUAUCAAUCUUCCGGUGAAGGAGACGGCGGCGGCCUUCCAUGCAUGAUGAUUUGUUUCGCGAGCGAAAUCCAUUGUUGAAGAAUCUUGGUUUACAAUUUCAUGUCUUCGCAUCCUACUUCAUAGACGCGGUAAAUAAGUAAAGCGGUAUAUGCCAAAGCUCAACCUUACACCGUCGAUGGAAGAGCACUAGCGUAGAGCAAAGACAGACUGCCCUUUAUUUACGAUUUAUUAAACAUAGGUAUUAAGUUGUGAACAUUAGGGAAAUGGAUGUGGAUUCGUCGACAGUGUCGGAGAACGAUCACGAUCAGACUCACAACGGAGCUAUGCAAUCUCCGGCACCAAUGGGGAGGGAGCAACAGCAACAACCGCUACAACAAAACCAUCAACAACAAAAUCAUCAACUAGAGAUUCAGGCUUCGUCAUCAGGACUUGGGUUUCCUCCUUCUUCGGCGCAACAACAGUCUGCAGCAGCUGCGCCUUCUGCUCAAGGCCAGCCGCAAGCUCCAGUGGUGGGGCCGAGGUGUGCUCCCACUUAUUCGGUGGUGAACGCAAUCAUAGAGAAGAAAGAAGACGGGCCCGGCCCUAGGUGUGGGCAUACCCUAACGGCUGUGGCAGCUGUGGGGGAAGAAGGGACGCCUGGGUAUAUUGGGCCCAGGUUGAUUCUGUUUGGUGGUGCCACGGCACUAGAAGGGAAUUCUUCUUCUUCUGGGACUCCAUCAUCAGCUGGAAGCGCUGGAAUCAGACUAGCAGGUGCUACUGCCGAUGUGCACUCUUAUGAUGUGUUAACUAAUAAAUGGUCUAGGAUAACGCCCAUUGGAGAGCCACCUACACCCAGGGCAGCACAUGUGGCAACUGCUGUCGGAACUAUGGUAGUUAUUCAGGGUGGAAUUGGUCCAGCAGGUUUGUCUGCUGAGGAUCUUCAUGUUCUUGAUCUCACACAGCAAAGACCACGGUGGCAUAGGGUUGUUGUUCAAGGCCCUGGACCAGGGCCGCGCUAUGGCCAUGUUAUGGCUUUAGUAGGGCAAAGGUAUCUACUGGCAAUUGGUGGGAAUGAUGGAAAACGACCCUUGGCAGAUGUAUGGGCCUUGGACACUGCUGCCAAGCCUUAUGAAUGGCGUAAAUUGGAACCCGAAGGGGAAAGUCCACCUCCAUGCAUGUAUGCUACUGCAAGUGCACGAUCGGAUGGCCUUCUUCUGCUCAGUGGAGGUAGAGAUGCAAACAGUGUGCCAUUGGCAAGUGCAUAUGGACUUGCAAAACACAGGGAUGGCCGUUGGGAAUGGGCAAUUGCUCCUGGCGUCUCACCAUCACCAAGAUAUCAGCAUGCAGCAGUGUUUGUCAAUGCAAGGCUACAUGUUUCUGGUGGAGCACUUGGUGGUGGACGUAUGGUUGAAGACUCAUCAAGCGUUGCAGUGUUGGAUACUGCUGCGGGAGUUUGGUGUGAUACAAAAUCUGUUGUUACGAGCCCAAGGACUGGCAGAUACAGUGCCGAUGCUGCUGGUGGAGAUGCUUCUGUUGAGUUGACAAGGCGUUGCAGACAUGCAGCUGCAGCUGUUGGUGACUUAAUAUUUAUUUAUGGUGGUUUACGUGGUGGGGUAUUGCUUGAUGACCUGCUUGUUGCUGAAGACCUGGCAGCUGCAGAGACAACUACGGCAGCUGCUGCUUCUCAUGCACGAUUACCUGGAAGGUAUGGAUUGAUUGAUGAAAGAGCAAGGCAAACAAUGACUGAAGCUGUUCCCGAUGGAGCAGUUGUGCUGGGAAGUCCAGUUGCUCCCCCUGUAAAUGGGGACAUGUAUGCUGACAUAAGCACUGAGAAUGUGAUGCUUCAAGAAUCCCGGAAAAUGGGCAAAGGAGUUGACUAUUUGGUUGAGGCAUCAGCUGCUGAAGCUGAGGCUAUAAGUGCUACACUUGCCGCUGCCAAGGCACGACAAGUUAAUGGAGAAGUUGAACUUCCUGAUAGGGAUCGAGGGGCAGAGGCUACACCUAGUGGAAAAGUGAUGUCUACUUUGGUUAAGAUGCCUGAUUCUGCUGGAUUAAAUAAUGUUGCACCUCCUGGAGUUCGGCUUCACCAUAGAGCUGUUGUUAUAGCAGCAGAGACUGGUGGAGCUUUAGGUGGAAUGGUCAGACAGCUGUCUAUUGAUCAAUUUGAAAAUGAAGGCAGGCGGGUUAGCUAUGGGACUCCUGAGAAUGCAACUGCAGCCCGGAAACUAUUAGAUAGACAGAUGUCAAUCAACAGUGUCCCCAAAAAGGUCAUUGCACAUCUUUUGAAGCCUCGUGGUUGGAAACCUCCAGUUUGUCGACAGUUUUUCUUAGAUUGCAAUGACAUAGAAGAUCUUUGUGAAAGUGCUGAACGGAUAUUUACUGUUGAACCAACUGUUUUAAAACUGAAGGCUCCAGUUAAGAUUUUUGGUGAUCUACAUGGACAAUUUGGAGAUCUUAUGCGCCUUUUUGAUGAAUAUGGUGCACCUUCAACAGCUGGGGACAUUGCAUAUAUCGACUAUCUCUUCUUAGGGGAUUAUGUGGACCGGGGCCAACACAGCUUGGAGACCAUUACUCUUCUGCUUGCGUUGAAGGUUGAGUAUCCCAAUAAUGUACAUUUAAUUCGGGGGAAUCAUGAAGCUGCAGAUAUCAAUGCACUUUUUGGCUUCCGGAUUGAGUGUAUUGAGCGCAUGGGUGAAAGAGAUGGAAUAUGGGCAUGGCGUCGAAUAAACCGUUUAUUCAAUUGGCUUCCUCUGGCAGCUUUAAUUGAAAAGAAAAUCAUCUGUAUGCAUGGUGGAAUUGGUCGAUCUAUAAAUCAUGUGGAACAGAUUGAGAACCUACAGCGUCCAAUUACAAUGGAAGCAGGCUCGAUCGUUCUUAUGGAUUUAUUAUGGUCCGAUCCAACGGAAAAUGAUAGUGUGGAAGGGUUGCGACCAAAUGCUAGAGGUCCAGGUUUGGUUACUUUUGGGCCUGAUCGUGUCAUGGAAUUCUGCAAUAACAAUGAUCUCCAGUUGAUUGUUCGUGCUCACGAGUGUGUUAUGGAUGGCUUUGAGCGCUUUGCACAGGGACAUUUAAUCACCCUUUUCUCUGCUACAAAUUAUUGCGGUACUGCUAAUAAUGCUGGCGCAAUCUUAGUUUUGGGUAGAGAUCUUGUGGUAGUUCCAAAACUCAUUCAUCCUUUACCCCCAGCAAUGUCAUCACCUGAAGCAUCACCGGAAAGUCAUACAGAAGAUACAUGGAUGCAGGAGCUGAAUGCUAACAGACCUCCGACACCAACAAGAGGUCGUCCUCAAGUAGCAAAUGCAAAUGACCGAGGCUCACUUGCUUGGAUAUAAUAGACCCUUCCAUUCGGGCUCAUGCUGUACCGCCUGAGGUUCCGGUGCCCUGUAUAGAGCAUGUUGUCAUAUACAGGCAUAUUCCGAACCUGUAAUCUCUCCCACUUAGAGAAGGCUAUAUGACAUUUUGUUUUUUUGGCAGUUUCAGCUGACUGUAGGUCUUGAGAUCAUGAAAAGGAUGCAAGUUCGGUAAAUCAGAUUGCAUACGGUGUAGGUUUGGUGUUUGCUUUUCGUAAUGUGCUGAAAGUUGCAAUUCAGGCUUUUCCCUCUGUAAAUUGAGCAUAGAAAGCACAGCCGGUCGGGGGUGGUUUCUUCAAUGGGUUGGUAGUAUUUUUCGCAUUUAGUUCAUAUAUAUAUAUAUAUUCGUCAUUUUAGAUCAAAUAUUUUUCUGCCCUCCUUGUGAGGUCCCAUUAUAUGUCAUGAUGAUGAGAGAGAAAAUAUAAAUGUGUAUCAUAUAGAGGGGGUAUAGAUUGGUGUAAUUUUCGCAUUAUGUGCUGUGUACAAUGUUGUAAUGUUUUUGUGUGAAGA